CCUUCGACUUGUACCGUGUACCGGACGUGCGCCCCGGACGUGUCUGCAUGGUUUUUUUUUUUUUUUGUGUCGGCGCUGUUAUUAUGUAGCAUUUGUAACGUUUAAUCUCUGCGCACUUCACACGUGCGUAUUGUAUUAAAUAGUGUCCCAUAAGUUUGUGUAAACAUCACGGAGGUUGUUGACUGUCAGCAGGCCUGUGGACAGUUUUGACACCGUCGUGAAACUUCAGUUACAGGAAGAGCAACUAGUGUGUAGCCAUGACCUUUUAUUGUGCGCCAUGGAGCGACUCCUUUUAGGAUUAUUUCCACAUCUGGAGCUUAAACUCCAUGCACAUCUGAGGUCAGACGUAAUUUGACUCAUCACAUCGUAUUGUCUUGUUUUGUUUUGUCUUUUUUUCUUUGAAAGGGACGUUGGUCGUUUCUGGGGCCCGAACAGCGCGUCCUAAACAAAAACAGACUGAGAUAAACAUAUGGGGCCCAAACAGAGCAGUCCGGCGGCUAGUGCGCGCCUUAGGGCUUAUUCAGGCUCGGAUGUGCCCACGUCCACCUCCACAGCGGCCGGUUCCGGGAGCACGAAUGCAGCUGCGAUUAGGUACUACACCGGAAACCAGCAGCAGGUCGGAGCGCGCGGUCGGUACGGCGCGGACGGCGGAAGACCUAACUCUCUUUUUCAGCCUACCAUCAUAGCGCAAGGCGGCGGGGAUCAAAGCGAUGAAGACGCAGACGGAGAACGGAGUCAGUCCGGUCCGAGGUUACUGAUUGGAUCGUUACCGGCUCACCUGUCUCCUCACCUGCUUGGAGCAGGAUUCAACUGUCCUGUGUGUUCAAAGUUUGUUGCUUCAGAUGAAAUUGACCUUCACCUUGUCAUGUGUCUCACCAAACCAAGACUCACCUAUAACGAGGAUGUCCUGAUGAAGGACUCUGGGGAGUGUGCAAUAUGCUUGGAUGACAUGGCCCAGGGAGACACCAUUGCCAGACUGCCCUGCCUCUGUAUCUACCAUAAAGGGUGUAUUGAUGAAUGGUUUGAGGUGAACCGGUCAUGUCCAGAACACCCUACCGAUUAAACAAUAGCUGACAUUGCACAGGUUCUCUCAUGGUCAGUGCAGACAGUGCAGCGUGAUCCAGAGCCUCAGUGAUUUUACAAAGACCUGUCAUCACCUCAGAUUCACACCUGUGCCAAAAGACUAUUAAAACUGACUCAGGGUUCCUGCCCAUGUGUGAGAUUUGUUUUCCUUGUUUUGUUCCCGUUUUCCAUUUUAACGCACCAAAGGACAGCAGCGUGCAAAAACACACUGCUGUGUUCAACCAUCUGGGCUUCAGGAUGUAGCUUCACUGUAUCAACACUGGAUACAUUUCUUUCUUCCCGAGCGAGAAGCACGGCUCAAGAGACUGAGGACGUUUGUCUUUGAACACAGCCACGUUGUAGACUUCUAGGAUGCUGAGUGGACUUUUUUCUGUAAAUAUAGCUCUGGAGUAGCAAAUAAUUUCAAAUUUUCUUUUUCUUUCUUUCUUUCUUGUGGAGAUUACAUAGUUCGGUGCUAAAAUAAUCAAGUGCCGUUUUUUUUGGCUAAAAUGUGCUGCUAAGUUUCACAGGCAAUAGGCGUAAAUGAAUUACUAAAGAACUUGUUUUUGUACAAGUUUAGGUUCAGAAUUUCACAGAAACAAGCGGUUCAAGGUGAACACAGAACUGAAAGCUCACUGUAAUCUGACCAUUUAUUGUUGAUGCUCGUAGAUUUGACGUGUCUAAUGUCACAGUAUGACAUGGUAGCUUUUUAAAAGAAAUCGUGGCGAGUCGUUAUUUCAAGUCCAUGUUUUGAUUGUACACUUAAUAUAAGAAAGGGAUAGCCUUAUGUAAGGUGUGUGUCUGUGUAUAGUAGUUAGGCUUAUUACACAAAAAAUACUCAAAUUUACUUCUUGAAUUGUACUUUACUAUGUUUUCCUGAAAUGAAAGAAAAAACAUUUUGUAGAAAAGUUGUGUUUUUUUUAGUGCCACCAGCCCAGACCUAUACAUUGCACUAAUACAGGACAGUAGAAUGAUCUGGAGAAAAAUCCACUCUGAUGAAUUUCAUAAAUGUUGUUAUACGAGUUUAUAAGUAAGAUGUUCUUCGGUUAUUUACCAUUUCAUUAUGAUAUUCAACAGCGUAACUGUAAAAUUGCAUUAAUGAAAUGUCUAACUUAAAUGCAAUUUAGAAAAAUGCUACAUGUCCAUCAAAACUUUGUAAUAUUUCAUCAUUACAAAUAUGUAUUUGGCUCCUUAUCAGUUUGUGGAAAAAAAAAAAUCACAAUAAAGCACUGGGAAAUUCUGA